CGCCAAUAGAAUAUUGUGGCUGCUUUUCAGCUGACUCUGUUGUCCUCGCACCUCCACAUCGAGAGAAAUGCAUGUAGACAGAGUACGCAAAGAAAGCCUGGGUACCACGACAGUCCACUCUCAAGCACACUUAUUCAUCCACAUACCAACAAAUACACAACAAUUAUCAUCAACAAAAACACACAAACCAACACAGGUCAGCGAUGGAACGAGUUUUUACUCCUUUUAUCGACCCAGCGAGUCGAGAUGCAAAUAACACCUUCCCGUUCGACGGCAUAGAUAUUGAGACUCUUUCAGAGGAAUCGCUUGCUGCUGUACUGUUCUCUGCACCUGCUCUCUAUGAUCUCGGUCAGACGACCGUAGUACGACUGUCACAAAAGCUUGCAAUGAAAGGUGGCGGAAAUGUACUCUCCAGCGAGGCAGCUGUUCUUCAACUCAUAACAUCCAAAACUGAUAUUCGAGUUCCUCGUGUCCAUCGCGCCUGGCAGGUUGAAGACGAUACUAAGUAUUUCGGCACAAUGGGAUAUCUCAUUAUGGACUACAUUGAUGGUCGACCCCUGGACAGCUGCUGGGACGAACUAAGUACAGAUCAAAAGCUGGACAUUGCAAAUCAAACGGCCCAAAUGGUCGUGAAGAUGCAGGCUAUCGAGUUGUCUGUACCAAAAGCAGGUCCAAUUGGCGGUGGGCCCUGUUGUGGGAGAUGGUUCAGCCAUUACUCCGCCGGGCCAUUCGAAACUACGUCGGAGAUGGAAGAUUGGUUCAAUCAUAAGCUCGAGAUUUGCAAGGCUUGGAGAAAGGCCCCACAGGAUAUACCAACCUUUAAGUUUACGGAGCUAGUGAUCACACAUCAGGAUAUUAGCCCUCGCAAUCUAAUUCUGGAUGCUGAAGGACACGUUGGCUGGUAGACUGGGCUGAUGCUGGUGCCUACCCCCGUGUAUUUGAGAGCGCAAGUCUAUCCUCUCAAUCCAGUUUUCCUGACUUCAACGACAUGGUUUUAUCUCGUCUGCCGCGGUAUCCGCAGGAGGAGGAGCAGUUGAAGUCCAUUGGAUACGCGCUGUCAGUUUGCCCUCCUGCUUAAGUCCCCUAUGUAGAGCACGUGAG